AUGUCUAAAUGGCAUAUGUCUAAAUGGCAUGUGUCUAAAUGGCAUAUGUCUAAAUGGCAUAUGUCUAAAUGGCAUGUGUCUAAAUGGCAUGUGUCUAAAUGGCAUAUGUCUAAAUGGCAUGUGUCUAAAUGGCAUGUGUCUAAAUGGCAUAUGUCUAAAUGGCAUGUGUCUAAAUGGCAUGUGUCUAAUUGGCAUGUGUCUAAAUGGCAUAUGUCUAAAUGGCAUAUGUCUAAAUGGCAUGUGUCUAAAUGGCAUGUGUCUAAUUGGCAUGUGUCUAAUUGGCAUGUGUCUAAAUGGCAUUUGUCUAAAUGGCAUGUGUCUAAUUGGCAUAUGUCUAAAUGGCAUGUGUCUAAAUGGCAUGUGUCUAAAUGGCAUGUGUCUAAUUGGCAUGUGUCUAAUUGGCAUGUGUCUAAAUGGCAUUUGUCUAAAUGGCAUUUGUCUAAAUGGCAUUUGUCUAAAUGGCAUGUGUCUAAAUGGCGUACACCCCUAAGGAACCUAACAAGAUGUCUCAAGUUUAAACCCUCCAGACAUUUUGAACAUGUUUAUGAAUCGAGCUGA